UUCCACUUCCGCAACCCGCAAAUUCCAGUUGUCAAGAAGUGUCAACACUUUUGUACAAAAUACAUAUUUCGUUUAUUUAACUGAAGGUAAAUGAAAUUUUUCUUUUUUUGAAAAACAUUUAUCAGCAAAACGUAAAAUAUGGUGUACACUGAGGCAUACAUUAAAGAGAAAUUGGCCAAGGAGUUGGACGCCGUUCACGUUGAAGUAACGGACGAGAGCGACGGCUGCGGAGCCAAAUUCUCAGUUGUCAUUGUAUCUGACAAGUUCCAAGGGAAGCCUUUACUUGCGCGUCAUAGGCUGGUAAACUCAGUACUGCAAGAGGAGUUGAAGACGAUACACGCGUUCACGCAGAAGACGCUAACAGUGGAACAGUGGAAACAACAGUCGUAAAAAAC